AAAGCAGCAAAAUUAUUCUCCACGGCAAAGAGGUUCUAUGAAAAAACCAUCAGAACUGGCAUUAUUUUUGCCCCGUGGGGCAUUAUAUACCAAGUUUGUGGAACCUUCCUAGGUUAGUUUUAGAAGUUGCAGAGUUUUGGAGUUCCUUGCAAAAGCGUAACCUGUGUCCCCAUCAGCCAUGAAUUUCGGUUUCACCCAGGAGCAAGUGGCGUGUGUGUGUGAAGUUCUGCAGCAAGGGGGCAACAUUGAACGCUUGGGACGUUUCCUCUGGUCGCUGCCAGCUUGUGACCACCUGCAUAAGAACGAGAGCGUCCUGAAGGCCAAAGCGGUGGUGGCCUUCCACCGGGGCAACUUCCGGGAGCUCUACAAGAUCUUGGAGAGUUAUCAGUUCUCGCCACACAACCAUCCCAAGCUGCAGCAGUUGUGGCUCAAAGCCCACUAUAUCGAAGCAGAGAAGCUGCGUGGGAGGCCACUGGGGGCUGUGGGGAAAUACCGGGUGCGGCGUAAAUUCCCCCUGCCUCGGACCAUCUGGGACGGAGAGGAAACCAGUUACUGUUUCAAGGAAAAAUCCCGGAGUGUGUUGCGGGAAUGGUACAUCCACAACCCCUACCCAUCCCCACGAGAGAAAAGGGAACUGGCUGAAGCCACUGGUUUGACUACCACCCAGGUCAGCAACUGGUUCAAGAACCGACGCCAGAGGGACCGUGCAGCCGAGACCAAGGAGAGGGAGAACGGCGAGGGUGGUGCUCUGAAGGAAGGAAGGGGCCUGCCUCGAGACAGACAUGUUAUUCCCAGCUCAGAUGAUGAGAGCUCUCCCAUCGAUAGCCCUGUGGCUCACACAUCCAGCCCUUCACUGCUGUACUCUAGCUUGCCUCUCUCAAGUCAACCAGGAAACUCUACUCAUGGGGUUCAAAGGAUGGAUUUCCUGCAGCACCAGCCACUCCACAACAGCCUCCUAGGACCCCUCACUUCUACUCUGGUAGAUCUGGGGUCUUGAAACAGAAGAGCGGAGCACAUCUACCUCCCUUCUCUAGUGGAUCCCUCCAUUUUACCCUGACCUUCCCAUAUGUCUGGCUACUCUUUUGCUCAGCUAACUCUGUCAAAAACACUCAUUUGUUACAAAUUUCUCUUCCUGACUUAUUAGAAGUAGGAUGAGGCCUCAAUGCCACUGCUUCACCCUCCAAAAUUCAGGUAUAGAAAGGGUACUAGAAUUCUAAAAACACUCUCGUGUUUCUAGAAAAGCAAAAACUCUUAUGGAUAUGCAGAAAAGCACAUUUUCGGACACGGAACCAGGCAGGGGAGGGAGGUGGUUAGCAUGUGGCCCUUCUACCCACAGCACAAUGCAUAGUGCCCCACCCUGCCAAAAACUGCUGCCCCUAUGUACCAACGGAUCAUGCUAGUAGUAAAGGCCCAGGCUCCCUAAAAGCAUGCAAGGGCAGCCCUAUCAUACUAGAAACAUACAAAGAAGAAGUAGCUACCGCUGCAGUUAAAGAAAGAAAUACAAUCAUGUAUUUAUAAAAUGUGCCUGUGUUCACAGCAGUCUCAAUCUAGAAAGCGCAGGAACACCUAAUUAAGAAGGUUAAUUAGGACUGCAGGCUGGACAGCUGAGCAGAUGCAAAUACCUAUUCUCUGGAGAUGACAAUAGCAAUUAAAGUGCCUUGCAAAGGUGCCAAGAGCCUUAACGACUUUAAAGGUGUGCAUUUUAAGAGAUUUGAGGACCUCAGAAUGGGAGCAGGAAGGAGCUGGGUCAGGGCGGUGGGAAAUGGCAGGCUACUUCAGUCUACAAUUUACCCACAACCCUUUUAGCAGACAAAUGUUUUGGGAUGGGGAGCUCCUUUGGUAGGCAGAUUUACCAAGAAGAAAUCACUGCAUUUGGGUGGUG